CGGGCUCAAACCGGCGGCGCCAAGGGGAGCAGGCCGCCGGGGCGGGGGUCGGACGCGCCGCCAUGGAGGCGCUGCUGGAGCAGGUGGCGCAGCUGCCGGGGCUCCUGGCCGUCUCCCGCUCCGCGCUGGUGCGCGCCUGGGACGCGCCGACCCUCGGCAGGGCGCUGGAGUGGGCCCGCUACUUCCAGCACCUGCACGGCCGCUUCCGCGCCCGCCCGCGGCUGCGGGCCGCGCUGGGGCGGCGGCUGCGGCAGGGCCAGCCGGGCUCUCCGCUCGGCUUCCGCCACCUGGGGCGCUGCGCGGCGCUGCUGGGCCUGGCGCUGCUGGAGAACCGCGCGCUGCCGCCCGCCGCCUGCCGCCGCCUCCUGCAGAGCCUGCUGCGGCCCGGGGCCGCCGCCGAGGCCCCCAGCCUGGCGCUGCUCGCCCGGCGCAAGGCGGCUUCCCGCCUGCUGGCGCCGGCGCCGCGCCCGGCGGGGUCCCCGGCGGCGCUGGAGCCGCAGGUGCGGGCUGAGGCGCAGAUGCUGCUGGCGCGGCUGCGGGAGGAGGAGGAGGAGGCCGAGCCGGGGGGCGGGCGGGCUGGCGAGGCCCGGGAGCGGCUGCGCUGGGUGGCCGGGCUCCUGGAGCAGCUCCCCCAGCCCAGGGCCCUGCGGGUGGUGGCGGCGGCGCUGCAGCAGCAGCGGGGCGGCGACGAGGAAGGGCUGAGGGGCAGAGCGGGAGGCGGACACGUGGCUGGGCCGCUGCUCUCCUGGCUGCUGGAGAGCCAGGAGCGGUUUUCUGCCUUCUGCCUCCUGCUCCCAGGCUCCCUUCUUGCCUCCCUGGCUGCUCACUAUUCCCAGUUAAGACCCCCUUAUUUGGACCUCUUAACUGCCUGGGGAAGCCGUUUGCUCUAUGACCCCUUGCAGGGACGGUGGCAUAACAGUUGUCUUGGCGAGGCUGAGUUGUCCUGGGAGGAGCUGAGGGAGCGUUUUGACUGCCUCUGCCGCGGACCUGCACUGCUCAGGGGACAGACCCGAGCUGCCCUGGAGCUCCUGAAGGUGCAGGAUGGAGACUUUCACAUCUGUGGCCUAAGUGUGUGGACUGACCUACUGAUGGAGGUAGAGAAAUCCCUGAGGAAAGAAGAAGAGCAAUGACAUGAACACAAGAGCAACCUUAAAACUUUUUAAAUCCCAGAAACCUACUUACCUCCUCUGUGCUUAGUGUGAGAGGCAAGGAUGAGAACUGCACCUCACUUUGGGUUGAAGACUAAACAUUGAUGUAACUGAGCACACCAUUUCUGACUGCAUAUGAUGUCCACUGGGGAGGCCUGGUGCUUUUUUGUAAUUGUACAGUUAACUCUCCUGGUCACUAGAAGGAAAUGUCUUCCUUUUCAGUGCUUGCUGUUCAUAUAAUAAGAAAAUCCUUUCAUUUCAGAAGCAGGAAAGGUAGUUUUCAUUUUGUCAUAGAAAACGCUGCAGUUCAAAUGCAUUACAGUCAUGACGGUGGCCUGUCUCUUGUUGCAGGCUGGCCAAAUCUUAAGAGGAAGGCGGACUUUCAGGCCUGAAAACUACAAGUUCAGGAUUAAUUUAGUAAUAGCUGUACUUGUUGGGUCAUCUGUUUUGGUGGGUGUUUUCAUGCCUCCAUAUACCUUGUGUGUGGCUUUACGUCUGGCUUUAAGUGAAGAUGAGAGAAAGCCAAUUGGAAAACCUGCUGGCAAGUUCUAAAAUCAGAAGGCAUUAUUAGUUAUCAUACUAGAUGCUUAUAUGGGAGUAUGUCCUAGAAAAAUUGUAGUAAAAAUAGGGUGCUGUGUUCAUUUGUUUUUCUUGCCCUUAGUGUGUUUUAUAUGUUUGUUUUGUGAAACAAAACAGUGACAAGGCAACAGACUUUCUUCAUGAAAUGAAAGACUUGUUUGUUCUCUUCAUUUAUGUUUAAUCGAGUUUUGUUCUCAGAAACUGAUUAAGGUAUUUUCUGUCUUACCACUGUCCUUUAAAAUGAGUAUUGUAAUACUGAAGUAACAAGUUUGUGUAUAUUCAGCUCUGUGAAUUACUCUUAUCAAAGAGAACUGUGUGAUAGGAGAAAGAACAGCCAAUGAAGACAGAGAAAUAUAUGCAAAGGCCACAGAAAGCGGUCUCCGUUAGUCAUGUGUGUGGAGUACCUGUCAAAGAGAUCCUGUAGCCUGUGUUCUUACUGGCUUCAGAUCAGCUGAGAUAGUGUUUUCAUCUGCCACUGUUGAAAUCUCUUUAGAAAGCUUUAGAAGGUGCUCAGUUUCUGCUUAUAAGCUUAAAAAAGAAAGAUACUAUGUAUAAAUAAAAGGACUGAAACUAGA